GUCGAAUCUCUACGUAUGGGUCUCACCGCAGCGCGCACGCUGCUGGAAUUCUAUAUCUCCCUUCCCCUCCGUCGCGAAGUUGCCUUCAACAAUGCAGGCUGGAUCCAGCUCGGCUUUGCCGUGACAUUGGCCUGCAAGCUCGUGGUCGCCGCAUCGGAGCCCUCCAUCCACCCUCACACGGCCGAUUUGACCCGCGCGUUGAACCUCUCAAACAUGUUGAGCCGGUGCGUCCUGCGCAUCCAAGCGCUUGUCACAUCCCAUCUGGAUGCACGAGGUGACCGUGAUGUGUUCUACCACUAUGAGAAACGGCUAAGUCGGGCGCAAUGGUGGUUUGAAAGUCGGACACUGUCGCGAUCGCAGCAGAAUGAGUCAUUCGCGGUCGCCAUGGAUGGCUUGUCUGAUCCAAGUAUCGCUCAAAUGCCAUCGGAGGAAGAGAUAGAAGGUUAUCCUACCAUCCCACGCGAUGAAUUUGAUUUUCAAUGGCCAGGGUUGUUUCCCAGUCCAACUUUUGAUGACCCUUUUGCAGGCUGGAUGACGCAAGGACCCGCAGCAUUUGAGUAG